AUGAAACUCAUAACAAGUGGUUGCGGCUAGGGUAAUUGAUUAUUUCAACCUAUAAUGAGCUUCAACCACGCUUUCGAGCAAAGAGGGCUGAGUGACCAGUGUCCUUGCUGCUGCAAGCUUUAUGACAACUCAACAAACAGAUGCGUACAGGAUGCAUGCGGUCACAUGCGAUGCUUCAUGUGCGUUUUUCAAAGUGUCCGAUGUGUUAUGUGUCUGCACUCCAGGCAAUCUACUUCAGCAAUAAGUCAUUCGAUGGCUCAAUCAAAGUCUUCAAAAAGAAGCAGCCACCAUCAAUCGCGAUCAAACGACAAUCCUUCAAGAGAUCUUAGAAAGUCUCACUUCCUCCCAGUUCAAGCUCCAGCUUCGGUGGAAGCACACCAUAGCUCUCUUAAAAAAGAACUACCGGGUCAGCCCGUUGAAACAACUGAAGAUGAAGAAGACCACCAUUACUUUCUCUACCAGCCAUUGGAUGUCAAAGAAGAAGCUUCUACAUCAGUUAGCUCCAAAAAAGAGAGCCUUGCGUUGCCGGUCGGCGACCCUGCAGUUUUCGCUAAUGCAAGACUAAUGACUCCUAUAGCUGAAGAAGAGAACCAGUUGUCUUCAGACGAAGAUAUCGAUCUGGACUCUCAAGAUGUUGUCACAACUCCAGUUCAGGACCAUAUUUAUUGUAGUAUUUCCGACGAUGAUCUACCGAGCAAAGUUUUCGAAGAUUCCCUUGCCGAAGGAUCCUUUCCAGAUAUCGCCAGACCUACAAUUGGAAUCGCUCCUCGAUUACCACCUAGGAAACCUGAAUUCAAUACCAUUAAUACUCUUCCCACACCUAGCAGUAGUAAUAAUUCGUCUUCUAAACUAGUGUUCGACAAGUCAGGGCAAUCUCAAGGCAGCUCAGAAAGUCUGAAAUCGUUGUCAACUGAAAGUAGUUCUCAUACUGUUAGGAAUUGUGGAACGGUUAUUGGUUCUAUGAUGGCAGGCGAUGGUACUAAAAAUAACAUAGAAAGUAGGGGGUUCAAAAAGGGCUUCGAACGUGAAAGCAUGAGGGAAACUAGUUCGAAAGUGUCUCACAACCUGCUGGCUACUCAGCCAGUGAGUAUUCAAAGUGGAUCCAAGAUGAACAAGAGCACUAGUUUGUCGAAUGUGUUCAAUGCUGCUGGGGUGGAAGUCAAUAGUGUCAAAGGUGCAAACCAACAGAGUACUCAUCCACAGUUUCAACAUUCCACUCACAAGCCAAGUCUGUCUUUGGUGACUCAGCCAGUCACCAGCAGUAGCCAGAGCUCUGGUCCAGUUGCACUCUCAGUAGGGACAGCCAGUAAUACUAAAUAUAUCCAGCAGUUGAGCCAGUCCCUAAUCCAAACGGAACUUGCCCGAGGGGUUGCAGGGGAAGGUGGUCUGGAAUCGAAGUCUGCCAACAGCUCCCUAGGAAAGACAAACAACAAUAGUAUGAACACCAGUGGUAGUAUGAACGGAAACAGCGCCAACAACGACAUUAAUCCAAACCCAACUCCAAGUUUGCCGGCUGGCUUCUGGAGCAAUUGUUCUGUAGUUCGUUUCGACCUGCCAGAGUAUUCUCUGGAUGCGUCCAUCUGUGGAAGGGGCUGGCUACUAUCCUCAAUCGAAGACGUUCUCCUGCAGUCGUCGUUCGAGGGAGACGUGUCAACUAAGGGUGCAGUGAUAGUGGGUUCAUCAGGAACGGGCAAGACCAAAUUGAUCACACAUUUGGCACUACACAGCACCAUAGCACAACAGUUGUUCGUGGAGAUCGCCGACUUAAGAAAGGUGUCCUCUCGUUCGCGUGAGUCUCUGGAUGAGAGCAGCAGAAGUGCAGACUCGCUUCAGCUGGACUCGAACCACUCAUCUCUGAAGAGCAACGGAAGCACAUCUGCAUCCAUCUCACUCAUCAACCCCCAAACACAACUCACACAAACACAAUUGUUAGGCACAGCAGGACUUGGUCAACCACAACAUAAUGACACAAUGUGUUCGAACCACUCAACGCAGUCUGGAUGUAGUAGUACCCACACCCCUGCUAGAUGCACCCACAGUUACGAACUGAACACUUCCAACCCCCACUCUCAAUCACACAGCAACAAUUCAACCUACGACUCAAAACAGGACAAAGACAGUCCAGCCAGUACAGUCGAUUCCGGCAUCAAAACGUCCCCCGGUAACACACUCGGAUGCGACAACACUUCAGACACGGAAAACUCCAGAAUCCCUCCUUACCAACUCCUGACAUCAGUAGGCAAUCACCAGGAGUCGCCUGGAUCCUUCAACGUCCGCAACUAUUUCUCAACAUCGUCGUCGGCAGGGACGUCACAAUUUGCAACUUCCAAUUAUGGAUUCUUUUUGAGCCAACGAGUGCUAGCUGCUUUUUUCUGCCAAAAUUGUAACCAAAAAACUCUGAAUCCUGCCAACGUGGUACAUACUCUAAUGUACCAUGCGCAAAUAAGAGUGGCUUCUUACAGGAGGGUUUUGGAAGAAGAUGAAAGUGUGAGAAAGUGGGCAAGUGCCAAAGAGUGCUGGAAAGAUCCAUUAGUAGCGAUCCAUAAAGGAUUGAUUUCGCCAAUGAAUAGUUUACUUGCAGACGGCCAAGUUGGGGGCAAUUACUUUAUAAUUAUGAUAGACUCUUUAGUUAGUACAGAUAGUGGUUUGAUUGAAUUUGUGAUUCGGCUAGCCGACAUUAUGCCAAGUUGGGCGAAGUUGUUAUGUACGUGUAGCAAAGAUACGUACUCACUCUUUGGAACCCUUAAACAAAACUUAGAGGUAUUUAAUCUGGAAGAUCCCUCGAAAGAUUGCGACAUAACGAAAGACUUGGACGCUUUUAUAUCUCAACAAGUUAAUAAUUGUACUUCAUCUGCGCGUGAUAUAAUAACUGCGUCACGUGAGAGUUCGGCUAAGUUCCGCAAUCUGCUUAUGAGCAAUAGUCAAAGAAGCUUUCUUUACAUUCGCAGUUGCUUCGACAUUAUCAAUUCAGGUGCAAUAACACUAACCAAAACCCUCAACAAAAACUCCCUCCCCUCCACGCUUCACGGAAUAUUCGAACUUCUCUGCAACCAAAUAUGUCACUCCAGCUUAGCCAUAUACUCAAAAUUGAGAGUGAUCUUAGACGUGAUUGGCUGUUCCUUCUAUCCAAUGACAGUCGAGGAAAUAUGGACCGUAGUUAGCUUCAGUAAAUGCGGGAAAGAGGAGUUUGAUCGAAACUUUGAACUUGUGCAUGGACACUUUCUGAUCAUGAGGACUAACAGGACGUUUGAGUUCUCGUCGGACUUUUUGAGAACGUGGUUUUUGGAUCCGAGCCUCGCCAAGAAAUUUUCAUGUGACUUAAGGAAUGGCCAUGCAUUACAUGCAAUUAGUGCAAUGUCAUCUUUAACAUCUUCUCCGAAGAAACAAAAUAACAUUAACACAAACAACAACUUGACCGCGAGUAAUAAACUAGAUAUGGUGCGUCAUCUGGUACUCUCUGGUGCAGAUGUUCUCGGCAACUCCAAUGGCGCAAAUGCGAUGUAUGACUCACCUAUGAUGGUGGGUGCUAAUAAUGCAAUUGACUUCAUGUUCCGAGACCAGAAGGUACAGUGGGUUAACUGGCUGUGUAAGCAGAGUGAGCUGAAUUCAAUUCUGGCGUCCAGGCAUUUCCUCAACAGUCCAGAUUUGAAGGUUGCAGAAUUUCUGCUGCGAAGCGGAGCCGAUGCCAACACUCGGUGUUCAGAGUUAGACCAGACGACCCUCCUCUCAGCGUUCUGUUACUUGGGCCACUUUGAAAUAGUCUCACUACUGUUAUCCUAUGGCUCCGAUGUGAACCUAGCCGAUGGACCAUCAGGACGAAGUCCAUUGAUCAGUGCGUGCAUGAAAGGUCACGUGGACAUCUGUGAUCUCCUCCUACAAUCAGGAGCAGAUGUGAAGAAUAGUCCAGACGUGUGUGGCAUGUCUCCCGUGGAACACGCUGCUGCCAGUGGAUUCGUGGAGUGUGUCCGGAUGCUGAUCAACAUGUCAAGUGUAGAGAGUGUAGAAAGAGCACUGGUGCUGACUGCAUAUAAUGGACACAAACAUGUUGUGGAGUUUCUACUGAAGGGCGGCUACAUCAGCAAUGACGCAUUAGAUGCACCAUUCCCAGUGCCAAUCAGAGACUCAAUUGCAUCCUCUACUCAGUCAUCGUCAGUGUCAUUUACAGAAGAGACAGCGAUGACAGCAGCUGCCUCUCGUGGCUUCAACGAAACCUGUUGUGUGUUGGCGGGACAUGGGGCUUCACUGACUGCGAAGAACGGACAGGGACUCACUCCUCUUCUGGCUGCUGUGGACUGUAAUCAGGAGGACAUGAUAUUCGACCUCAUCAGUCUGAAGGACGCGCAGGCCAAGACAGAUCCCCUCACAGUUGACCAGGAGGUGGAGAGAGAUGAGACGGGAAGGACUGCUCUUUUGAUCGGUGCUGCCAAAGGGAGCCAAGUGAUAGUGGAGUACUUACUACAGUGCGGCAGUUCAGUGCGUGAGACUGACAAUGAGAACAUGUCUGCCCUGUGUUGGGCUGUGCGACAGGGCCACUCGACCAUUGCGGAGAUGUUGCUGGACGAUGACUCAGAUGUCAACCACAGAGACAGCAGAGGAAGGUCACCUCUGGACUUCGCCGCCAGUUUAGGUGACGAAUCAUUACUCCAACUUCUCUUAAACUACGGUGCGGAUUUCGACAAAACAUGCAAUGCAGGUCUUCGUCCUCUAGACUACGCAGUACAAGCAGACAAGCUGAACUGUGUGGCGCUGUUGAUGAGGAAAGGGGCUAGAAUAGGACAGGCGGCGUGGAAGACUGCGAUCAGCAAUCCACAGAUUAUGCUCUUGUUUCUGAACAAAUUGACGGAGGAUGGAAGUAUAUUUUACAGGCAAAAGAAGUAUCCGGAUGCUAUGAAGAGGUUCACCCUGGCACUGAGGAAGUUCCCGAGACAGAAGCACGAGUUCGGAGCACACACAACAUCAUUCAGAGACCUCAAAGUCACCCUCUAUCUAAACAUCUCCAGAUGCAACCGCAAGAUUAAUAAACUAGACAAUGCUAUUCACUACGCCAACCGGGCACUCAACCUCAAGCCAGGCUGCUAUGAGGGAUACUACGCCAGGGCCAGAGCCAGACGCGCAUCCAGGGACUUCAAAGGAGCCACCGACGACCUAAAAGAGGCAUGUAAUAUCGCACCCGACAAUUCCGAGAUUGUAUGUCUAUUACAGCGGGUUAAGUUAGAAGCGGCUUUGCAUUGCGGAGAAAUUGGAUCGAUUAAUUCAAAUGGAGGAAAAGGAGUUCUGAAUCAGUUUAAAAACUAUUCCUUAAAUGAGUGCGGACCAAUCGGUGAUAUGAGUACAGCUAUUAGUAUGGCAAGUGGGGGGAUUAUUGAUGAAGAAAGAGGUGAAAUCGAUUAUCGGGGGGAUAUUUUUGACGAUGAUGAGGGAAGUAACGGGUGUACUAGUGAAGAUACCCUAGAAACUAACACGUAUGGUGGCGGGGGAUCGAUGCAUAGUUUGUUCGCGGCAACUUCUGGAGGGGGAGUUGGAUCGCAUCCCUAUAAUGCGCAUUCGGCUCACUCGAGAAAUGUGGUCGCAAAUCAGUGUUUUGCAGUGAAAGAUACGGCUCUUUGAAUUGCGGAAAUGUUGAUGGAAGCUCGUCGAAACUGAGCUUUUUGGGCGAAUAAUUUAAACUUAAAAACUUGACGCGUUUCAGAACUCAAGAAAUAGAAUUCGUUGUUUGUAAAUUGAUAAAAACUUGAUAGAAGUCUCAAAUGUGCUAAAGAGGUGAUCACAAUUACAUAACAUAAACCAAACUUUGUUGCUAAUUACAUAACCUUGUUUAGUAUGUUUACCUCCAAAAAGUGGCCAUAAAAGUUCUUUUGAACUGUGAAAUAAUUACAAUACAAACUGUGAGUGGGUAUUCUGUUCACGAUGUAAUCUGCUUUACCCUCGUCUGUUUUUCUUGGAUCUCUCCCGCUAAAAAAGCGCAGUUUUUCAAAUCUAUCCUUUCCUUCUUUCACUUUCUUGUACUAUUUAUAACCAACGAUGUGCUAUGUAAAAAGAUAGUUAGUCUAAUCUAAUCUAGUCUAUAAAUGAUCUCUACAAAUUUCAACCAAAAAAAAAAACAAACAAAAAAUUGAAGUUUAUUUCUUUUUUUUUGUAACUUGACUUCAAUUCGCUUCGUCUUUCAUUUGCAGUUGUAUUCAUGGUUUAGUUUUGCAGUUCGUAGAAGAAAUUAUUUUAUUUCUUUGGUUCUUUUUCGCAGUUUGUAAAUUUUGUCAUCUGAAUAAUUUCUCACAAUAGAUGGUAUUAUUAAUGUUAAUUUUCCGUUGUCAUGCAUAAUUGUUAUUUUGAUCUAGUUUUGCUGGGCAGAUAAAUUGUGAAACAGAAAGAUGGAAUUUCUAUGGAUUGUUUAAUAUAAGUUAGAUUCACUUUACUAGCCAUCAAACUUCAAAUAAAAACGAAAAAUGCUAUCAUAGUUCAGGACAAACAGCGUUAAGACUUUUUGGCACAAAAUGUCUAAAUUGCAAUAAAAUUUUCAGUUUUUUUUGGUAAAACAAUUUAUUAUAGUUUUUAAUUUUUCGUCGUCAUUGCAAGUGAAGUGAAAUAAAACUACCGCAGCCUGUCUUCUUGUAAUAUUAUCCUUAACUGAUCUCAUUAAUGAAUAUAUGAACAAUUAGUGCGCAGUGAUUUUGUUAAAUCUAUUUUCGCACUGAAGAGUAAAUUGCAGCACCUAAUAAAUACACACACUAGUGUAUUAAUUCUUCACUCGGAGUGUAAUCAGCUCCAUAUUUUAAGCUCCUCCUUUUUAAGGGAAAUAUAGGAAAAUUUAACUGUCUGUUCAAACAUGACAGAGGAUAUUUAAUCCAUGAGGGAAUAUAAUGACAGGCAUAUAGCGCAUAAAUUACUCCGGCAAAUAUCACGUAUGAAAACAAAAUGGAACAAAAAUGUCCGAUACCAAUGAAUGAAUUUAGCCAAAACGAAUUUGAACUGAAACAGAAAAAAAAA